AUAAAUUUGUCACUUGUCACUUGUCAGAAAAGUCGAGACUGUUUUGUAGGUAAACUUGAACUCGAUUUCAGCUCUAUUGUAGUUUAAUUCUGGAUAUUCGUUUCUAGAUUGCAAUAUAUGGUAUAACCGAAAAUGUCUCUUAAUACAGCUCAUGCUGAUCAUGGAGUAUUGAUACACGCUGGAGAGUGCAUCAUACUGUUUUCCGAUAAUGUCACUGUAGAGUUUUAUGGAAAUGAUACGGCCGAGUUUAAAGGAGCAAAAAAUGGUCGCAUGUAUCUCACCACCCAUAGGAUGAUUUAUAACUCUAAAAAGAACACAGAUACACUACGGUCAUUCAGUUUCCCGUUUGUGGCUUUGCAAGAUGUAACUGUUGAACAACCAAUGUUUGGUGCAAACUUUAUCAAAGGAAAAAUUCAUGCACAGCCAAAUGGAAAUUUCAUAGGAGAAGUGAAGUUUAAACUUACAUUCAAAUCAGGAGGUGCAAUUGAAUUUGGACAAGCUAUGUUGAAGGCUGCCCACCUUGCAUCCCGCCACAUGACUCCCAAUGCUCCGCCGCCAGCAUACACGCCGCCAAGCGGGCCAUGGUACGCGGCCCCACCACCAGCCUACGCGCCCCCACCACAAGGCUACUAUGGUUGGGUCCCUCCAUACUCUGCGUUCCCCGACCAGCCGGCGCCGAACUCGGUGUUCGUGUCGAACAGUCCACCACCAUACCCGGGCGUGAUGGGCGCCGCGUACCCGCCGGGCGCGGGCUUCUCAGGUGCAGGUGGGAACAGCGCAGGCUACCCGAACGCGCCCCCGGGCUACCCGGGCAACGCUAACUCGCCUCCCGGUUAUCCGGGCAACGCGAACCCACCACCCGCCGGGUUUGCGGGCGGCUUCGUGCCCCCGCCCGGGAUGUCGGCUAGUGAUGCGAAAGCCGCGGAAGCUGCACAAAGUGCAUACUACGAUCCUAAUAAGCCGCAGACUGCAUAUGUGCCACCACCUUACAAUGAUCAGCCACCGACGUAUCAGGAAUCAACGUCGAAAAAAGAGAAUUAAAGCAUUGUCCGCAUUUUCAUAUGAAUGUACCAAGUCAUGAAAACCCAUUAAUGGAAAUGUUGGAAAA